CCCCCCCACACACACAAAAUUAUUGUUUGGGGGUGAAAAUAGAAGAAAUUGAAAAUGGUGGGGCGAAUUUGGGAAAUGGGGAAAGAAGCGAGGACUGUGAUAGCAAUGGUGAUGGUUCAGGUCGCGUACGCCGGGAUGAACAUAUUGUUCAGGUUGGCGACAGAUGAUGGGAUGGACCAAAGGAUUCUCGUCACUUACCGUCUCUUGUUCGCCACUUUUUUUACCCUUCCCAUUGCUCUCAUCUUCGAGAGGAAGAAGAGGCCAAAGUUUACGUGGAGGUUGCUCCUACUAGCGUUUGUCUCCGGGUUAAUUGGAGGGGCGUUACCAAACACGCUAUACGUGGCGAGUCUGGCCCUGACGUCAGCAACGUUCUCCUCAGCCGCCGGCAUCCUCAUGCCUCUCUUCACGUUCGUCCUCGCCGCCGCUUUCCGGAUGGAGAGCGUGCGGCUGAGAUCAAACGCGGGGAGGGCGAAAGUGGUGGGGACAUUGCUCGGUGUGAGUGGAACACUUGUGUUCAUCCUAUACAAAGGCUUCGAGAUUCACAUAUGGUCAACACACGUUGACCUCUUGCACGGAAGUUCUCCUCCUCGCCCUUCUUCUCAUCAUGGACCCCAUUCCCAUCUCUCCGUCUUGGGAGCACUUCUCGGCCUCGGCAGUAACCUCUCUUACUCGCUUUGGCUUUUAUUUCAGGCAAAAGUGAGCAAGCAGUUCGGAGGGCAUUAUUGGAACACAUCUCUUAUGUGUGUAAUGGCAACCUUGGUGUCCGUACUUUUCGCUGCGUGUACGGACAGGCAUUGGAACGAAUGGAGAUUAGGAUGGAACAUCAGGCUCCUAAGCGCCGCUUACUCCGGAAUUGUGGUUUCGGGAACGGUGGUUGCUGUUACUGCACGAUGUGUGGAGUUAAAAGGACCGUUGUUCGUGUCGAUAUUUAGUCCGGUAAGCCUCGUCAUCGUAGCCCUUGUCGGAUCAUUCGCUCUAGACGAAACUCUUCACUUGGGAAGUAUAAUCGGUACAGUGAUGAUCGUGGGAGGAGUGUACACGGUGCUAUGGGGUAAAAUGAAGGAAAUGAAGAGUAGUGUCAUCGUCGCUACCACCACCUCGUCCGAUCAACUUGAUGAAACGAACAACGUUAAUAAAGAUGACAACGUCAACAAUCUUUCAGCAAUAAAAAGCGAAGCCCCGUGAAUCCACCGCGAAAUUGUUCAUGCAUAAUACGCACGAGUCUUUUUUUAUAUAUGCCAUGGACCCUUUAGCCAAUUACAUAAACACACAUAUGCAUAUGCAUGACAUAUGCAUGUGUGUCGUGUGUAUAUCUCUUCCUAUAUAUGAAUUAUUACCUUUUAAA